AAAAUCAGAAUCUCAAAUUUCACAUUUUUAAAACUAAAGAAAUGAGAUACAAAAUCUCUAAAAUAGAACCAGAAUACAUUGAAACUCUUCAAUUAAUGUUUGGUGGUUAUCCCUGUUUACAUCAACUGAAUAUGGAAGAAAUUUUUGAAAAUAUAGUUGAUAAAGAUGAGAUUUCUCUUAUCUAACUGAAUUAUCUCCAUAGACCGACAAGCAUUUAGUACCAACAUUGAAUCAUUCAGUUACCAUUCUACAUACAUAUUCUCUCAUCAAUUGUAAAAGAUAUGAAAC